AUGUCCCGAGAGAAGUUAAAGUAUCGCCCACCACUGCCAAAAACUGUGCAAUGUACGCAUGAAAUUCUUCAAAAUUAUGAUGCGCUGGAGGACAUUUAUAUGGGAUGCGCAAUUUCAAAUAAUAAUAAUAAAUACGCACUGAUAUUCUCGAAUACCACAUUGUUAACCGCAUUAGGAAAUAAAAAAGAAAUUUACAUGGAUGGUACUUUUUUUGUUGUCCCGCAUACUCCUCCUUUCCAACAGCUCUAUACAAUGCACAUACGUUAUAAUGACACGGGAAUCGCUACCAUAUUUGCACUAUGCGAAUGUCGCACUGCGGCAAUGUAUGAAGCUAUAUUUAAGAAAAUUGUUUCACUUGUUCCGCAACUACAAGGUAAUUUACAAACUGUAAUGUGCGAUUAUGAAAAGGCUCCAAUGGAAGUUAUUCAAGCACAGUUCCCAACGGUUACCAUACAUGGUUGUUGGUUCCAUUUUACUCAGGCUCUUUUGAGGAGAUGGAGAAAAUUAGGAUUACACGGAACACCAAUUGAAAUUCUAUCAAUGGCUAUGACAAUGGCUUUAGCACCAGCGCAUAUGUUUCCACAAGCAUUAUAUGAAAUGCAGUUAGUGGCUGAUCGCUUAUGUGAUACUUACCCGAAUGUACUGCUGUUUAUGGCCUAUUUACGCAAUGUAUGGCUCUCCAUAUCUACACGGAUAAUUUAUCAAAAUUAAUAGCUGAUGAAACAA